CUUUUGUCACUUGCUCUGCUAUUGUUGUGCUGGGUGCGAGUGGUUUGUGAUUAUUUUUCCAGUCAGCAUCAAGCAUUGGACCUGGAGCCCAACGAACCCAAAGUCAAGUAAGGCAGUUGAUAAAUGAGAACUAAAUCAGAGGGAAGAAGCGCCAUUUAUAGGCGUAGAUUUGCUUUCUAGUAAUAUACGUUUCAUUUGUCUCAGUAAUGUCUGAAACAUCAACGUCUGGCCGCUCACAUUCCGAAGAUCUUUCUAGUAACAACUUUCGUCUGCAAGAGAUCUUGAAGACGUGUGCCAACAUUCAGUCACUGGAGUCGCUGUCUCCUUGUACUCAGCUGCACAACGACGAGAAUAUGAUAACACCCGAGCCAUACUCAUUUAGUGGAUUUAUAUCGAGCAGCACCUGCGGCAGCGAAGAUGGGUUUACCGACAUCGUUCUCGAGGAAGAUAAUCGAAUCUCAUUGGCAUAUGAAAAUCUGUGCAGCAUUCCGCGACGAUUGACCGAUAAAUUUGCUGCACAGAUCAAAUUCCUUGAUCUCAGCUACAACAACUUUCGGAACCUAAAAUUUCUUUUGUUUUUCGAAGAAUUGCAUACACUUAUACUGGACCGCAAUAGUAAUUUGGAUGUGAACACAUUUCCCUAUAUGCUCAAUUUGAAAAUUUUGUGGAUAAACAACUGCGAUAUCUGCAAUAUAACGGACUGGAUUCACAGCAUAGAGCGUCAUUGUCCUGCGCUCGAACAGUUUUCCUGUAUGGGUAAUCCAGGCAUUCAGAUUGCGUUCAAAAAUCAUGGCCCUGCCUCGCCGACAACCUAUGCCCGCGAAUAUAUACUGCAAGCUCUACCCAAUCUCAAAUUCGUGGAUGGUAUUUCGCGUUAUUCAUUUAGCAAUCGAGAUUCCAAAACUCAGAUCGACAACCGAUAUCUUACAACAGCAGCAGCGCCCUCGUCCUCGUGUGUUUCUAUGGCAGCACAGGGCCCCGACGAAUCGACCAGUGCUUCUGAAAAGCCAAAGAUCACCUCACCCACCCUCAGCUUUAAGGAGCUCUUUCGACUCAAAUCUGGUAAAAAGACGAACAGUUCGGGUGGCUCCUCAUCAAACUGAGCUUUAUAUAUACGUACAUACUAUACUUUACAAUACUAUAGGCAAUAAAUAGUCCACUGAUGAACGAGUCGAGAACUGCAUCCAGUAAUAUGCUGUCACAGUAUGGGCUUCGUAGCAUAUGCUUAUCAGUUUUUUUUAUAAUUUUGUUUACAGACAGAUUGACAUAUAUCUAUAACUAUUUAUAUGUAUAUUAUGUUAUAAUUGCUUGACUGAAAUUAAAUACUUGGAUUUUUACAUAUACAUUAUAAGUGAAAUAAAAUCAUUCGACGCCUACAUUUUCUGUUUGAGGUACACUAAUUUGUUUGCCAAUGCAUCGCGUUCGCUACGCAAAAAAUAUAUUAGUAUUAUGCAAUGUCAGGUUGAAGCUAGUCUGGAAAAUUAUAAUACACAAAUUAAGUGGAAAUAUAUAGUUGGAUAUGCCACCGCCUAAUAAGGAUAUAUGAUUUGCCAAUAAAA